AUGUUUUCGUUAAUGAUCGUCGUACUUGCUUUGGUCGGUUGUGUUCACUCACGGCCGAUUGGUUUCAAGUCUUUCGAAGACUAUGACACUGCAUCUCUGGUGCCUUUGAUUCCAACCGGUGAAAUGAUGUAUCCAAAAGAAACUUCGAGUAUACUCAUAUCUAAUGAGAAGUCUACAAGCACUCAAAGUAAGUCUUCUCAUUGGAUAUCGAGUGUACUCCAACUUCUUUUGGCUGCCAUUUCAUCGGGUGGAUUCGUAGGCACUUGUUGGUGCAGUAUCAAAUGUCUUCGAAACGGUUGUGAAUUCAAACGUGCCUGGGUGACACCAAAAUCGGUUGCUGAAUAUAAACGGCGAAAACAAAUACAAAAUGAUCAUAUUGUACAUUAUCAACCAUCAACAAUUACUCAAUCCAUUUCCAACUCACUGUCGUCUCAAGCUUUAUGA